AUGAGGUUCUCAACUAUCUCAUCGCUACUAAUAGCUGGAUUGCCACUAGCCACUUCAUUGCCUGCCACAGGCACUCCUAGCUUGGGCAACAUAGAAAGUCCAGGCAGUGGGCCCUACCCAGCUGAUUGGUUUACCGACGCUUGUCUAUCCAAUCACACCAUCUACUUGCCUGUCUCUGUGCCCCCAGGCGUAUCCCUCCCAGUCCUCGUCUGGGCAGAGGGUGGUUGUGACAACAAUGGGACGAAGUACGUUCCGUUUCUGACUAACAUCGCUUCAUAUGGAUUUUUAGUCCUUGCAUCCGGUCCCCCAAAUGGAAGUGGCUCCACCACUGCACAGUUCAUGGCGGAUGCAGUCGAAUGGAUCACGGCUAGGGCAGGAACACCGGGCCGGUAUGCUUCGGUUGAUGCCACACUCAUAGCAGCGGCAGGUCAAAGCUGCGGUGGGCUGGAGACAUAUCGAAUGCGAAGCAAUGACCAGAUCAGUAUUUUGGGUAUCUUCAAUUCGGGCUUCUUAGGAAAUGAGACUUUUAUUCCCAUUGUCGGGGGGCAGGCGGCUGAGCCCCCAGCUACUAUUAAGGAAGUUCACAAACCGGUGUUCUACUUCUUGGGGGGACCUUCUGACAUCGCCUAUGCCAAUGGUGAAGCGGACUAUCAUAGUCUUAAGGGGGUUCCCAAAUGGAUUGGGAAUUAUCCCGUGGGACAUAGUGGAACAUACCACGAUGAAAAUGGUGGAGCAUUCGGUGUUGCUGCUGUGGACUGGCUGCAAUGGACUUUUAGACGCAACCAGACGGCGGCCAGCUUUUUCACCAAGGGUGGUGCACAGAAGGACGGAUAG